CAUGGAUUUGGUUAUUUUAACAAGCUUCAUGACAUUCUAUCAAAACCAACACAUUGGUUUUAUACUGAGCCAAUAAAGCGAUUUUCGAGGACUUCUAUAUCGUGACCUUGGGGGCUUAUAUAAAACGGUUGGCGAUGGAAAUGAUUUCAUUUUUGUUCAUCCAGGUUUGCGAUGUGCACAUAAGUCCUGAAUAACAAAACAGACUUCUUGAAAACUCAUGAGACCUAUGCGUCAUCAUCUAUUUACAGGUGACGACAAAAAUGCUCGGUACCAAGGUCCUGGGAGUUCUCGGUCAUUUAAAAAACCAGUCCACAACAAACUGGAAAUUCUUUCAAUGUCACAAAUUCCACCAGAAUUUCAUGAAGUUGGAAUUUUAUCAGGUUAUCGCAAGCCGUCCGCGUCACUUUCAUCAGGUGUCUGGUCUGUUUUCCAAAUGCACAACGAAACCUUGAAUAUAUGGACGCAAAUCAUACCAACCAUUUAUUUUGUUGUUGAACUAGUCCUGAAUUUUUUCCACGUUGGCGAGCGUUUUCUUCUUAUAUAUCUAAUUACCGCCGUUACGUUCCUGUUCACAAGUUCUUGCGCUCACACAUUUAGUUGUUUGUCACCUAGAGCUCGACACAUAUGUUUCUUUCUUGACUAUAUUGGGAUAUCACUGUAUUCUUAUGGCUCCACUGUUUGCUACUAUGCGUUUGCCCUGCCAGUCGAGUUUCUGCGUCCUUCACCUUUCUUUAUUCUCAAUCUUAGUGAUAUAUUCUUGUUUAUCUCAGCAUUGUUUUGUAUCUGUGGUACAUACUUAUCAUGUCGGACCAGAUUUUGGAAACCUUCAAUUUUUCGUAACAUCAUUAGAAUGGGAGCAUUUGGGAUUAUUUUGUUUUACGUCGGAACUCCGAUUCUGUGGCGUUCAUAUACCUGUAAGUACAUGGCAAGUGAAUAUGAGUCUUCUGAAUGCAGUUCACUUUAUUAUUGGAAUUUGCAUUUCAUGUCAAUGUUUUCCGCAGGAUUUUUGUUUGUGUCACACUUUCCUGAAAGGCUUUUUCCAGGAAGGUUCGAUGUUUUUGGUCAUAGCCAUCAAAUAUUUCACAUAUUAAGUGCCUUCGGUUCUAUUACACAAUAUUAUGCACUUAGGAUUGAUCUCCAGGAGCGUAACGCCAAAUUAAGACAAAUGUCGCAUGCACCUUCAAUUCCCUUGUCUCUGUUUUGCCUCGGUCUGGUCGUAUUUUGUAACUUCAUUAUUUUCCUAAGAUUUUACAAACGUCUUGGUAUCGUCAUAGGAUGUAAAAAGUUGUAAUUAUCUUUAUGUAGCUGCUUUGUGUUAUACUUUUCAGACUUCGUUAUCUCAGCUUUUUCACCGUUUCCCAUAUUUUCAUUCUUGACCGAUUUGUUUGGUUAUGAGAGAUUCAUUGUUUUCCAGCACAUAAACGUCCCACAGCUCCUGCUUUUUACUCUUGUUACUUAAACUGUUGUCUUUUUAGAUUAAAAUAGCUUAUUUCACCGACGAAACCACAUGUACAUUGCAAAUGAUAAUUAUUUUCAGAU